CACAUAUCAGUGGUUUAUAACGUAUACUUACUGAUUUGUCAUAUAUAUAUUAGAAUUUAACCGGUUUUACGAGCGUUCUUUUUUCAAUGCGCCUGCAUUUCAUAAAGUACGUAGUAAUAUUUUAGAACUAUAUACGGAAACCUGACGAGUACAUAAACGCCUGAACGUUCUGAGGUUAAGUGACUCAAUGGAGAUUGAACUGUAAGACAAUAUUUUGUUUACUUGUAUACAUAAAUAUUAGAAUAUUUGUUACUUUUAUAUUCACGUGAAAAAGCUUGAACAGCUUUGUGACGUUAAAUUUACUGUUCGUAAGUGGCUUAAAGGUUCUAAGAUGUACUUAUCUCGUAUCAAUAAUUCUUCCGAUUUAUUGUCAGCUUUCUCGCGCGCCUUGCCAGCAGUGAACGCGCCAUUUGAAAUGCAAUGCACACGAUACGCAGCGGUGCACAAUCGCAUGAAAAAUCUUCAUGUAACAAGUGUUCGUCGUUACCCUAAUCCCCCCACAUUACCACUUCCCACAAAUGUCUCUGAAAUAUUUGCCAACGAAACUGGCCGUUUUACCCCUCAAAGAGCACGAGAUAUCGCUGUGCCGGUGCUGCUGUAUAACAAAAGUGACUGCAAAUCAUUUUUUUCCGAACAACCAUCGAAGAUGACGGAAGCGUCUGACAGAUCGGAAACAUACGAGGAUACGUGCGUCGAUUCGUACGAUUGUUUUGGCGCGGUUAGUUUGAAUGGCACUAUGCAGAGCAACGUUCCAAAGCCGUACAGUUCCAACGGAAAAUCAACCCAUUUAAAUAUGCCUGGCGGACAGUGGGCCAGAGACGACAAAUAUAUUGCCGAAGACAUGCAGAAAUCGCAUUACCGAAGCGUUCAUUUGCCACUGCUGAAACUGGAUAAACGUGGUCUGGCAAAUUAUGUCUCAACGAAUAUUCUUUUGCAAACAAUGUAUCCACACAAGUAUAUCUGCAGUAUGGGAUAUUCGACGGCUACACCGCAAGUAACGAAUACGCAAAAUAAUACUGAUAAAAAGCCAAAUGUUGUCUUAUCCAAGAAAGACAAAUUUAAAAGAAUUGUCAAGGAUUAUGGAGUUACGGUUAUUAUAUUUCACGUAACACUUUCGUUAAUGUCGCUCGGUGGUUGUUACGUAGCUGUAUCUAGUGGGGUAGAUUUAAAACCUCUCGUUCAACUUAUUUUAUCCGACGAUAAUCAGAUAAAAGAGAUUCUUACUAAUUCUUCAACUUUUCUAUUGGCGUAUGGUAUUCAUAAGGUGAUGGCGCCUGCUCGAAUUGCCGUAACAUGCUCUGUUACGCCAUUACUUGUGAACCGUUUACGAAAAAUGGGGAUCCUUAAACCCCCGAAAAUACAGAAGACAAACUGAAUUUUGAGUGAUCGAUUACAAUUGUUAUAUCAAUAUAAAUGUAAUGUAUAUUUCUUAAUUAAAUAUUUAUAACUGAUGAAAUAUAACAUACAAAAUAUUUGUAUAUAGAUAUAUUUCGGUUUAUUAUUAUAAAGAAUAGUUGCAAUUACUUUACACAACGUCACGUAUAUUUCAUAUAUAUAUUUUUUUGCGCAUCUACUACAAUGUAAGUACGGCUGUCUUAACAUAGUAGUCUCAUUAUAUGGCCCCGCGAAUGAGAUCCCUUUUAAAUGGACUUUCUUUUUUCAAGAUUUUUAAGUUCACCAAAUUUAUAAAUAUACAACUCGCCAGCUACAUAUUUUUAACAAUUAAGCGUAUAAAAAAAAUUCUACUUAUAUAUUUUUUCAAUCUUCACACCCUCAGAGCCAUAUAACGAAACCUUACUACAGCAGUUUGAUUUUCCUUUUUCUCGUUUAUGUUUAUCUUCUUUUAUUAGUCGCCGUAAAUACAUGACAUACACAAAAGCUCGACAGUUUCAAUGGACGAAUUCAUUAAUCAUAUUGGAACAACGGUCGCGCUCGAUUGCGAAAUCAUUACCGAGCAUUUUCGGAUUCGAAUGACUCCGAUUAAUCGAGUUAUCCAUUAAUUUGAUUACGCAUAGGAAACAUACGAAAAUGCCAAUUAUUUGGCGGACAUGUAUAUGUACAUAAGUUUUUUAAAAAAUAUAUUAUAGUACAUAGUAAAAUUAAUAAAUGUAGGUAUAUACAAUUUAGUUUACCUAGGGCAUUACCUAUGUCUUACAAUGUAAUUUUACAUCUUUCAAAGAUACACUCGCCUUUAAUUGUAACCUGCAAAGGCAAGGUUCAAAAAGUUACAUUAGAAAACGGAAAAGCCUCGGAAGAUUCUUUAUAAUUGGUUGAACACAAGAUUUUCAAUGAUCUUAAAUGCUUAAUCGAAUAUCGUAAAAUAUCUCUCAAGAUGUUUUGUAAAAAAUAUAAAAAUUGUUCGCGAGAAUUAGUAAGCGUAAUUGUUUGUGUAUCGAUCAAACCCAAAGUGAAACAGGUUUGAAACUACGAUCAGACAUACAAAUAGUACCCCACUGUUUUGUGCAUGGCAGGAAAGUACACUUAUACACACUGAACACAUUGUCUGCAAACAGUUUGAGCAUUCAUAACUUAAAUAAUAAGA